AUGAUCUCGUUUCUCGGGAAGUGUUUGGCAGAAUUAAAAACCAAAGCGGAACAAUUCCAAAAGGAAAAAUUCGUCAUAGCCAUCGACGGCGACGUUUGCAAAUCCGAUACACUCAUCACGGAGGAAACCCGGCUCGAGAUUAUCGAGGCUAUUAAAGUUCUUGAAGACGUUCCCGAGAGCCAAAAGGACUGGCAUCCCGGAUCUAAUGAUCAAGUCCUCGACCUUGUCCACCCCUCGCUAUUCCCUUUGGCGUAUGGGAAAUCUCGAAUAGUAGAAGAUGAGCUUAUUACCCUCGAGAACUGUUUAGAGAGUAUUGGUACGGGCGCUAUAAUAGAGUUAAAGGACAGCUCCCUCAAACUCGGCCUUUCCAAGAGCAAAGGCAACAUUUCUGUUCCGCAUGCCUGGAGUAAGAAUUUCCAGUGGCUCCCGGCAGACGUGUCUCUCAAAGAGGUAGAAGGGAAUAGAGUUGUCAAGUUCGAGAGCUACAUCAACAACCUCCACCCCUGCCACACUACCCUAUACCGUCUCGUUGAGACCGUCAUCUUAAAAUCCAUCCCGAUGUGGAGCCAGACCCUCCUCGCCGCCUCCGCGAUGGACAAAACCGAAAUCCGACUCCCGUGGUCUAUCGAGUAUGAUUUUGACGAAGAAGAUGUUCCUGCGGACUUAUAUUCCGAUGACGAUGACGAGGAUGCGCAAUGGGACAAAGCACAUGAUUGGAAGCAAUCCAUGAGAGAGCAGCAUGUCAUCCAACCUGAGGCACCACAUUACAGGGACUGGGUCGCGCGCGUUCUGAAUUACGACGGUGACCUAGAGCUGGACCUCUGGGAGAAGUUUAAGGACAAAGGCCUGCAAGUCAUCGUCAAAUUCGCAUCGAUCCACUUGACACCCGAGAAGCCACAUUAUGAUGGCGGCUCCUGGCACUAUGAGGGACAACUAAACGAUCAUAUCGUCGCGACAUCCAUUUACUACUACUCCAACGAGAAUAUCACACCUUCCUCACUUAAAUUCCGCCACGAAGUCAACGCCGAGGAUGCGAUAGAGUGGCCGUAUUCCCAAAAUGAACAUGAGUUCAUGAACCCGUUAUUCGGUAUUGGGAAUGAAGAGGCUGCAGUCCAGAACAUCGGCGAAGUCGACACCAAACAAGGUCGUCUCGUAACCUUCCCUAACACUUUGCAACAUCAGGUUCAGCCUUUCAAGCUGGAAGAUCCAACCAAACCUGGCCAUCGAAAGAUCCUAGUUGUAUUCUUAGUUGAUCCGCAUACUCGGGUGGUAAGUACCGCGAAUGUACCGCCUCAAAGGAAAGAUUGGUGGGAAGAAGUGCUCAAUACAGAUUCCGGGAAACGGCUCAAUCGGCUACCCCAGGAAUUGCGGGAUAUGAUUGUCGAUAGCGUUGAUGACUUCCCCAUUGACAUGGAGGCUGCAAAAAAAAUGAGAGUCGAGUUGAUGGAGGAGCGCAGAACAUAUGUGGAGGAUCAGAACCGAGAGUUAGAGGAAAAUACAUUCUCCUUAUGCGAACAUUAA